UUCAGACUUACAAUGGUUUUUUUAGCAGUCUUUUAAGAGAGCAUAAGCGCUAUCCAGUGCACGAGCACAACGCAUCAACACACCUGCCUGUAAUUUAUUUUACGCUAAUUCGCUAGCUCGUUUUUUCUUCUUUGUCAAAAAAUGGCGUCCAGUGUAAAAUAUACAAGAUUAGUCUCCUUAUUCUUGGUUUGGUUAUCUGUGUGCGGCGUUUCUUCUGCUGAAAAAGGUGAUGUAGAAACUCAGGAAAGUGUCAGACUUGAAGUAAAAUGCGGAGAAGUCAAAGUGAGAAUAACAGUAAAGCGAGAGUUUUUCGAGGAGAGACGUAUUCCGUUCAAACCUGAGUAUCUUCGACUUGGAGCAAACUCAACACAGCAGAGGUCCUCCUGCGGACCAAAGGGACCAAUGUCUGAAUCUGAAAUGGUCAUCUCUGCAGGGCUACAAGAAUGUGGAACUGAGUCCAGUGUUCGUGGUGAGUGGCUUGUGUACUCCAACCAGCUGGUACUGUUUCCUGCUGUGGUUCCCACCUCUACAGGCAGUGUGAUAGUUAGAGGGGCAUCUAUUGCAAUACCUGUUGAGUGCCAUUAUAAGAGAAAGCAGACAGUGAAUGGAGAACCAUUAACCCCAACCUGGCAACCCAUGACAUCCACUCUCAGUGUCUUUGGCUUUCUGCACUUCUCCCUUCGUACCAUGGCAGAUGACUGUACCUCUCUACGUAGUUCCUCAGUGUAUCAGCAGGGGGAAGCAGUGUUUUUGGAGGCCAGUGUGGAGGCCCCUCUGCACCCUCCUCUUACUCUGUAUGUCGACUACUGUGUCGCGACGUUGAAGCCUGACCCCCUCUCCUUGCCAAGCUACAAGUUUAUCACUAAGCAUGGAUGUCUUAUGGACAGUGUAUUGCCGGGGUCUUCAUCUAAAUUCCUCCAUAGGGAGCAAGGUAACAGACAGUGCUUCAGUGUCCAAGCCUUCCACUUCAAUCAGCAGUCUGGGGAACAGAUGUUCAUCAGCUGCCGCCUCAGGGCCACUCUGAAACAAAACUCACAUACCCAUCUUGACAAAGCCUGCUUCUUCCAUCAGCCCACAUUCAGCUGGCGUGCCACAGAGGGAGACAAUGCUCUGUGUGAAUGCUGUGACUCUGAUGACUGCUUUAGACAGACUGAAGAGGAGAACAGUGGCUACACCGGUCACACAACUCAACCAGAUACAGAAAAGAAGCACGAGGCGGACACAACAGUCGGGCCACUUCACACCCUGCCACACUCCCAUUGGACAGGCCGUCUGUCAGUCAGUCGCUAAAGAGCCUUUUUCCAACUUUACAAUUAGGUGGGUACAGGGAUUGUCAAGACCAAAACCAAGGGAGUUUAUCAAUAAAGCAUCCAUCACA